GACACCAGGUUGACAAAUCUGACAGCAAAUAUUUGUUUUCUCUGACAAGGAUAUAGAGCCAGUUAUUGCACCUUUGAGCGUCUGUGCUUAUGCUGUUCCAUAGGCUAUAUUGCGGUUAUCAUCAUUAUAUAGGCCUAGGCGGGAUUUGUUUUGCUGACGGUAGGAAAGCGUGGUUGCUCGAGGACAGACUUAUGCGCGCGGGUCAUUUUCAAGGAAUAGCCUAGUCCUUCCAGUGGCCGCUACAUCCAAGGUGGAAGAAGUUGUGCUGCGCCCUGAGCGGCAACUAUGGCGAAGAAAACCCUCUUCUCGAAAACCGGGCUGAAGAGCUUGUUUUCCAAAAGCGAGGCUAAUCUAAAAGAUUUUGACGAGAAGGACAGCAAAAGCGGGAAAAGUUUUAAAUUCCCAAAGUUUAAAAAGAAGAAGAAGGCGGACAAAGACGCAGUUCUAGAGGAGACAGAUGUUCACAGCCCCAAAAGUGAUGAAGGGACAGGGGAGGAUUCCUGGUUGAACGUCAGCGUGGACCAGAGCUCCUCUCUGUACGCCACGGCCCCAAGGUCAAAGAAGGGACUCUACGCCUCGGAGAAUGACCUCCUGAAGCCAAAGAAGUUUGGCACAUUCUCGUUCGGCUGGAAGAAGAAGAAGAAAAGAGGUGUUGAUCUGUCCGUGUCGGAGAUCUCCCUGGCUGAUGAGACACUCAUCUCACAGUCCAAUGACCAAUCACAAAUCCAGGAUGCCUUGACAGACAGCCCUCUGACGAAUGACAAAGCUUCUGUGGAAGAUGCAGCCCCUCCUACUGCCAGGAAACCAGGACAGCAAAGACGUUCGCCGGGAGAGAGCUCAGCUGACAACGCCGACGAGGUUCUUCUGGCCUCCAUGACCUUCAACACGUGGGACAGGAUCGUAGACGUCCCUCUGGCACUGCCCGAGGAUGAUAGUGAGUUUAAUCUCCCCUGCAGUAGCUCCACACCAACCAAAGCCAGAGAGCAUGUCAAAGCAUCCUCUGAAUUAGCUGAACGUGCAGCAGCACUUUCAACUGAGGCCAUACUAACCCAGGCUGAGGCAGCAGAGGCUAGCUAUGCUACUAAAACUGCCAAACAGGUAAAUGAUGAGAGUCCCGUCACACCAGUGCCCUCCAGUCUCUCACCUGUAGAUACAGAAACUAAGGACACUGUAGAUGGCACCAGUGGCGGAACAAUUGCACAUCGGGCUCCAGUGCAAAACAGUGAUAGAGCCCCCCACACAGGCUACCAAGUCAAUGAUCACAGGCCUUCUGGUCAAAUCAUCCCUGUUGAGGGCAGCGUAGACAUGGCCAUUUCCAAUGAUGACCAGACUAGCAGAAAAUUGGGCAGCUCUGAAAGUGACAAAGUUGUGUCGGAUCUUACUAUUCAGAACGCCAACAUCGUUAUGCCCAACACAGUUGUUAGUGAUGGUGUGGCUUUUGCUAACAGCGUGUUUGCCUCUGUAGAGCUUGCUAAUGCUGAUGAAAGGAUUUCUCCAAACACUGACGCGAAUACCCCUGGAUGUAGCGAAGUUGACAGCGCUGUUGCCAUCACACUUCUGGAUCCUGAACCAAUCAAGAGUGAUAGUAGUGCUGACAUCAUUGUUGGCAAACCAGUCUCUGAUGUUGCUGUUUUGAACACUGACAUUAGUGCUCCUGCAAUAGGCAGUAGUGAAGCAGGUGCCUUUACUAACAGCACAGCUAAAUCCGCAGAACCUAAUAAUGUUUGUGAUGUUAAUUCUCCCAAAGCUGAUGUUGCCUCUCCUAAAUGUGACAUAACCAACAUUUUUGCUCCCAAUGCUGAACCAAUCACAGCUGAAAUCAGUACUGAUAUCAACGACACAACUGCAUCUGAUGUUACCAUUCCGCGCAUUGAGAUCACAAUUCCACAAGAGGAAGUUACUGAUCCACACCAGUCUAGUAAAGAUACAAUUGAAAAUGCAGAAAUUGAAAACACUAAUGACACUGAUGCCCCCAUCACUGACACUGCCCUACCUGAUACCAUGGCCACCAGCAUUGACAUGACUACUGAUUUCCCUGGCAAGCUGGACUGCAAUGGUACUAAUGACAUAAAUUGUCUCAACACUGACGUCAACACUUCUAAAAGUGAUGUAACCAAGAGUAGUGCAGACAGUGCUUCUCCCAAUGCCGAGCCAAUCUCAGAUGAAAUCAGUACUGACAUGACUGACAAGCCUGCCUCUGAUGUUGCCUCUCUGAAUACAGACAUCGGAAUUUCUAAUAAAGAAGAAAUUAGUAAUCUACAUGGUUGUGCGAUAGAUUUAAAUGAAAGUGUAGAAAUCGCAAAAGUUAAUAAAGACACCAUCACUGACACGGUCUCACCUGAAUGUGAGGCCUCUCAGACCGCUGUUGUCACAACUGCAGAUCUCAAUGACAAGCUUGACACUGUUGCUGCCACUCAAUGUGCCAUCACUGAGACCACAGCUGAUAUCACUACUCAAACCCCCAUUACUCAUCUUGAGCCAAUCAUCAAUGCUCCUGCCAACAUCAUACAUGCUUCUGCCAUUGAGAAUGCUAGCUCCACUGAUUCUGCAGAGCAGGUAGCAUCUGAUAGCAGCAUGCAUUCCUCAAGCACUGAAAUCCCUGUGACACUUUCUGACAUACACAUUCCCAGUAAUCUUAUUGUUCCAAAUGCUGACAUUGCUGACACGAUUGAUGCAGCUGCAAAAAAUGAUGAAUCCAAUGUUACUGACACCACCAUUGCUGGCAAAAGUGCUGUGGCUAGUGCUGAAAUACCAUCUGCUAGCUAUGCAUGGCCUGACAUCACCUCCACGAAAGCUGACAUCUCUCAUGCCACUGCUGACACAACGGUUUUCACUUCAGAUAUAACAACGCUUAACACCAAAAAACAUAUUUCUGGUACUGACACUGCUAUCACCAUUCCUAAUGCUCACAUUGUUUCUCUCCCCGAAGACACCUCAGACACAGGCUCUGGGAGUGCCAUGUCUGACACUACUACCUCGACCAGCAAAGAUGAAUCAGAAUCUCAUGAGUCCGAGCCUGAAUCUAGUCCCAGUGACGUGAAGUCUCAGCAAGAAGACAGUGUAAUUGACCCUCGUGCAUGCUCUGAGUGUCCUCGCCCUGAACCUGAACUUGUUCUAGCUGAUACAGCAAAAACUGAACCCGCUGCUGUCACCUGUCUGCCUCAGGCUGCGGGUAGCUCAAACGACCCUUUGCCAGCAGAGCUUGUUCCUGUUUAUCUAGAGCCUAAACCUGAGCCUGGUCAACUAGGCUUCAAGGCCUCCAGCAACCUGAAGUGCUCAGAUGUUGAAAAUCAAACUCCCCAGAAGUGA